GGGACCGAGGUUGACUGGACUGUUAAUGUGGCAUCCUCCGUGCCGCCAGUCAUGGCCGUGCUAAAUUAUCGCCGCCGAGAAACUCCGGCAGCGUCUCCAAAAGUCGAAACCGAAUUCAUCUCAAAUUCACUGCGGUUUUCCGAAACCAAAUCCAUCUCAAAUGCAAACUAGAAGUAUUCUGUAAUGGAGAUCUUCGGCGUUGGUAGCGUUUUCUCUUGAAUCGGUUUUACUCUGAAACUUCAACGUUAGAACUUUUUAAUUUUUGGUUAUGGUUCCAUUAAUUGUUUGGCGCUUUCUUCUUUCUUGCAUUGAUUGUUCGUCUUUCUUUGCUGCAUAUAUAUACUUCCAAUGGAACACUUCUCUUCACUCAUCCUCUUCUUUUUUCUUGUUUUCAAUCCAUUUCACUUGGAUUGUUCUUGCGAGCGCCAAAACGCCGGUAAUGCUUCUGGUUAUCUUGUAAGCAUUCCUUCUGAUCGACUUCUUCCAUUCCGGAUUUUGUCGGUAACUUGUAGCAAUGGCUUUACUAGGCCCUGUGACUCACGCUCAGGUUUCGUUUCUUAUCGGAUUUUUAACCAUUGUCGUUGCUUGGAUUUAUUCGGAGUACUUAGCAUUUAAAAAGAAGUCGAUCGCUUCCAAAGUAAGGCAAAGUGAUGUUGGGUUUGCUGAGGUAGAAAGUGAUGCUGGAAAGGAAGAUGAUAAAGCUGUUUUAUUAGAAGGGGGGGCUAUCAAGUCCAUUCCUUCUGGAGCUCGAAUUCCACCUACCUUCUCUACUGUUAUCAGGUUCAUUACGCUGGAAGAGUCAUUCUUGAUAGAAAAUCGAAUGUUACUCCGAGCAGCAUCUGAACUUGGUCUUCUUUUAGCAUACUUCUACAUCUGUGACCGUACUGAUACAUUUGGAUCGGCAACAAAGAGUUACAAUCGAGAUCUUUUCGCCUUCCUCUUGAUCCUUCUUAUCUUAGUUGCAGCAAUUACUUCGUUCAAGAUACAUCUCGAUAAAUCACCAUUUUCAGUGAAACCUAUACUCUUCUUGAAUAGGCAUCAAACUGAGGAGUGGAAAGGAUGGAUGCAGGUGAUUUUUUUGAUGUACCAUUACUUUGCUGCAAGAGAAAUUUACAAUGUGGGUCGUGUAUGUGUUGCUGCAUAUGUGUGGAUGACUGGAUUCGGGAAUUUUUCAUAUUACUAUGCUCGUAAAGACUUUAGCCUUCCUAGAUUUGCUCAGAUGAUGUGGCGGCUUAAUUUCUUGGUCUUUAUGUGCUGCAUUGUCCUUGACAACAGUUACAUGCUAUACUAUAUCUGCCCCUUGCACACUUUUUUCUCUCUCGUGGUAUAUGGUAUUGUUGGUGUUUUGCACAAGUACAAUGAGAUUAGAGCCGUCAUUAUCGUGAAAUUUUUCGUUUGCUUCUUGGUCGUUAUCAUAGUGUGGGAAAUACCUGGAGUGUUUGAAGUGCUUUGGGAACCAUUUACCUUCAUUCUAGGAUAUAAAGAUCCAAAUCGACUGAAAGAACAGUUGCCUCCUAUGUAUGAGUGGCACUUCCGCACAGGACUUGAUCGCUAUAUUUGGAUAUUAGGCAUGUUGUAUGCUUACUAUUAUUCAACUAUUGAGAAAUGGAUUGAAAAGCUAGACGAAGCAAAACUGAAGCGCAGGAUACUGAUCAAAACGACAAUUGUUGUGACAUCCGCAACGGCCGCAUAUCUAUGGUUUGAGUACAUAUUCAAAUUGGACAGUCUUACUUACAACCAAUACCAUCCUUACACUUCUUGGAUUCCCAUCACAGCCUACAUAUGCAUACGAAAUGUCAGCCAGAGUACCCGUAGCUAUACUUUGACCAUUUUCGGUUGGAUAGGAAAGAUUUCACUGGACACAUACAUCUCGCAGUUCCAUAUUUGGUUAAGAUCAAAUGCUCCGGACGCCCAGCCAAAGCUGUUGCUCAUUAUCAUCCCAGAUUAUCCUUUACUGAACUUCAUGCUUACAACUAUCAUACUUCUGACGACUUCUUACAGGCUCUCUGAGCUGACAAAUACGUUUAAAACGGCCUUUGUACCUAGCAAGGACAAUAAGCGCAUUAUGUAUAACAUGAUUGCUGCAGCUGCAAUCAUGGCCAUCUUAUACGCCUUGUCAUUCGUAUUCCUUGAAGUCCCUCCAAUGAUGGUUUGAGAAUUGAAGAUAAUAAGAGAUUGUACAGAAGGGCACUACAAUUUUCUGUGGAAGGACGAAAUUUCGUGAUGAAAAAGAAGGGAAGAAAAACAAGAAAAUUGUGUUAUAGGUUAAUCCACCGUAUUGUUAGUGGGUUAUUAAAUGAAAUAAGCCACUACUUUAGGGCAUAGUUUAUUCAUAAUUUGAGGCCACGGUCUUGUAUUCCAUUGAGUUUGUUCACUUUCAAUAAAA